AUGGGGGGCGGGGCCCCACCCCCCGGAUGGGAUUUGGAGACAGCAGCAGAAGAAGGGGAGACCUUCGAUCUGCUGCAGCUCUGUGCAGCAGCAGCAGCAGCAGCAGCAGCAGCAGCAGCAGCAGCAGCAGCACCAGGAGAAGCAGCAGAAGCAGCAGCAGCUGAUGGCAUGAAGAAAAAGAAGAAAAAGAAAGAAGAAGAAGAAACAAAAGAAACAAAAAAAAAGAAAAAAAAAACUGCUGCUGCAGCAGCAGCAGCAGCAGCAGCAGCAGCAGCAGCAGCAGCAGCAGCAGAAGAGGAAGAAGCAGCAGCAGCAGCAGCAGAAGAAGAAGAAGCAGCAGCAGCAGCAGCAGCAGCAGCAGCAGCAGCAGCAGCAGAUGGUAAUUCAAAUAAAAAAAGAGAAAGACAACAAACAAUAAAUACAAAUGAAGAAAAAGAAAAAGAAAAAGAAAAAGAAGAAACAGAAAAAAAACAAAAAAAAAAUAAAACAGAAGGUGAGCUCCAUAUACACCGCAGCUUUUAA